GACGCUGAUGAAGCGAAGUACGUCCCUCUAACGUAGGAUCUGCUUCCCUCCAUCCCCACCCUAUCGUUCCCCAUUCCCACCUCCUCCCCACUACGCCCCGCGCCGCCGCCAGCCUGGGGCUGCCGCCCGGCCGCCGUCCUCGCCGUGGUAAGGCCUCUCCUGUCGCCGCUUUCGUCGUCCGCCUCCCCUCCCCCCUCCCUCGCCCCGACGUGGUGUGCGCCCUCUCUCCGUCGCCGCCAUCGUCGACCGCCUUCCUCCGUCCUCGCCACCUCCCUAAGCACCACCACCAUUGUCCUCCCCUCGAAUCCGCCUCCGUCGUCGGCCCAUCAGCGCCGGCGCUCGCCCUCCCGCAUCUCCUCCUCUCAAGUGAUGCCUCCUGCCGCCAUUCCCACACCGUGCAGAUCGGGGGAGGUGGACCUUGGCCUGGCGGAGGUCCCCACUGCGCCCCGCUCCGCCGGCCGCCGUCGUCGCCGUGGUGCGUCCUCCCUCUGUCGCUGCCUUCGUCGUCCGCCUCCCCCUGGAUUGAGUGGAUCUCGACCCCCUAGAUUGGCAAGGGAGGGGAGGUGCAUGCGACGGCGAGCACCCUUCUUUCCCCCUCAACCCGACAAGGCACAUCGGCCCUCCAACCUCUCCGCGGGCUCCCUCCCAACCCGUCUCUCCGUGCGCCGCGCUCUCUACCUCUCCACCACUCCUCCUACCUAUUGCUUUCUGCCGCUUCUCUCUCCGGGUCAGCUCAUCCCCAUCCCCACCGGCUGGAGCAGCACCGCAGUGGGAAAGGGACGACGACUUCACCUGCCUCGACCACUCGAACGACCCCCAAAAGUGUCCUCCCCAACCUGCGAGAUAACGAGGGGCUGGCUCAGCACCGAGCCUUCGACUGGAGUGCGCCUCCCUCAACAUCAUAGUGACGGAGUCUGCCGCUGAAGGACGUCAACGCCCUUGCCCAGAAUGUGCCGUUGGAUGGAGCAGAGGUGCGCGGAGCAUGUGAUGAACGCAGUUGGCAAGUUUGCUGUUAUGUGCAGGAAGGAGGGCAUCAAGCAACUGGGAGUUGUGUUGCAUAUGGUGCAUAUCUGGAGCAAGCACAUCCGCCUAUACUCUGCAGGAAUCUUUCUUUUGUGUUCUUCAGAGAAUCCACUGUUCUUUUUUUUUUUACCUGUCAAUGCGUCAGCGGUGGUUGAUUCUGAAUUUUGUUCGACUAAAUUUUCCUUCUUCGAACGGCAGCAAAUCUCUUAAUUUUUGCUGCCCCGAUUGGUUCUACGUGUUGUCCUGGUUUUUUCGUUGGCUUACUGUAUGUCUGUAUGUCCAAUUUUUCUGCAGGAAAGUUGUGUUUUUAUUUCAUGGACCAAGUUUACAGGUGCUAUAUCUGAUAUCUCUUCCACAGGUUUUAUUUUCUUUUUUAUACACAUACUACUACCUCAGCGCCGUUUAUGAGUUUGAUUUUUUUUUGUUCAACUGGAUCGAUGGACAUUCUGAACUUUACACUUUACUACUAGACAAGGUUCAUGUAUGUACUACGUUUUGUGUUCUGAAUUUUCUGGGCUCCAGAUUCAUUAAUGUCAGUUGGAAUUUAGAACUUAUGUUAGCAUUUAUUUCGUGCAGUACCAAUUUCUUGAAUUUUUCUUGUUGGGCAGAGAAGCUCAGAUCAACUCUUCUGGUGAUUUUUAUGUUCGUACAUGACUGCUUGUUUUCAUGUCCCCUUUCAGAGGUUGACGAAGGGUGUGUUUAGUUCACGUUAAAAUUGGAAGUUUGGUUGAAAUUGGAAUGAUUUUUUUAGCCUUGUAUAAUUGUUGAAUUUAGGGGCUCCAGGUUCUGUUGUUGGAGUAUCCCUUUCUGAUGAUAUUGUUUGUUCAAAGGCCAUGACUUACUGUCAUUUUUUUUAAGGUUUCGUUCAUCUUAUCAGCAAAUCUGACUCUGAAUGUUCAAGUUUUGUCAAAUUCUUGUACUUUCAGCAGCCCAAACCUGUGCACCAGCCAGAAUGUAACAAUGUCGCAUCUGUUGAUACUGGGAUGUCAAACCCAGCUGCAAGGGCUGAUUCCAGCCAUUGUAUUCCUGGUAGGAAGGCUAUGUCCAGCAUAUCCCUUUCCUUCUCUGGUUUGACUGGUGAAAGUAGUGCUGGAGAUUUUAAGAUUGUGGGGUAUUGUCAAUGAUCCUUAUGGGUGAGCCACCCUGGCAUCCUCCUGGUCCUGAAAGUUCAUCUGCUGGAGGCAGCAGAGAUAAUGCUCUUACACGGUACAAGGAGAAGAAGAAGAGAAGAAAAUAUUUACAUGAGAACAAACUUACUGGAGUUAUACCGCCGGAACUCGGGAACAUGAGUAAAUUCAAAAUUAUGUUAUUUCCAUUUGCGGGCAAAACGAGCUGCAAUGUGUUCUGUAUUUCUACUAAUUUAUUGUACAACAUUUUUCUGUACCGUACACCAUAUACUUAUAUUAUAUGCUUCGUAUUAA